UCCGUGACACGACACGUAAAAAUGAAAACCUUAAUUUUCACCAUACUUAGUGUAUAUUUAAUAUUACCAUUCCACUGCAGACUGAUUCCAAAAAGUUCAGAGAGAACUACAGCGUUGAAACCAGCCGAUGAUCCACCUUCAAGGGUUACCAGGGCUAUCUUUGAUGACACCGCGAACGUAUUCUCCAAAGAAGAAGAAGGUGCCGUCGGCCUAAGCGGAGAAACCCUGUUUGACAAUAAAAAAGCUUCAUCACACCUAAAAACUACAAGACAAGCCCUGAAAAUGUCUCGAAUCGAGCGAGACUCCACUGAGUCUAACGAUGAAAAUAUCACUAAAAGCACAACCACAAAGAAAAUCCCAAAAGAUAAAAAGAAAAAACUUGUUAAGAAACCUAUACCUAAGUUCCAUGAUAUGGAUUACUACGACGACGGUUUUCAAGCAAAUGUUAUUAAGUCAAAAUCCCCUAUCGAAUCCGGUGAACAUGAAGAUGAAGAUUUUAACUUGGAUGAUUAUGAGUUUGAUGUAAAUCAUGACGAAUUUUCAGCUAGAGGUAAACCCUUGAUACCAAGAAAUAAAAACAAACAAUCCGGUCGUAGCAAUGCAGAUGAGUCAGAAACUGUAUUAACGACAUCUGAAUCAUACACAAACACUGAUAAACCACACAGAAAUACGGGCAGCUCAGCUUCCUCAUCAGGUUCAAAAAUGAUAAAUAAGAGAAACAAUCAGGGGAAUAAAAAACACAAAGAAGAUUACUAUGACGAUUACUCUUCCACUACAAAGAGUAGUGAGGCUAAAUCUAAAGCUCGUGACUCUGAUGACGCGAGUGAUGAAGCGGAUGAAACUAAAGAACUAGACCAUAAAUCUCCGCGGGUGAUCAGGUCACUUUGGAAACCGAACAAAUACAUAAACCACCAAGGACGUAAAGCUGCACUAGUGUCAAAGGUUCGGGAUUAUCUCUCCUUUUUCUUUUAAAGUUUGAUAUUCUUUACCUUGGUCCUAUCCUUGCUUGUUAUGUUCUUUUAAAUUAUUCGAAGAUUGUUUAAGUAACAUUUUGAUCACAUUGUAAAUCGUAUUGACUGCGGAGUA